AUGACACGAUCAAUUGCGGUAUUUGGCGGAAACGGGUUUUUGGGUCGCAAGAUCUGUGAAGUAGGAACCUAUAAGGGAUAUACAGUUACAUCAUUCUCGCGAUCAGGUCAACCUCCAAAAGCUGUAUUACAUCAACCAUGGGUUCAAAAUGUUAGUUGGCAAAAGGCUGACAUUUUUCAACCCAACGAACUUGGACUGAAACUAUCUCAAUUCGACACUGUAGUGCAUUCAAUUGGGAUAUUGUUUGAAGAUCAAUCUUAUAAAAACAGCAUGAACUCCUCAGCUGCAAGUGGAUUCAGUGGCUUGGGUAAUGGCGCAAGCCUGCUAGUAAACGAUGCAAGAAAAUUGGCAAACGCCGUGAUGGGCUCCAAUCCGAUGCAAAAGGACAAAAAGUGGAUGAGUUACGAAGCAGUACAACGCGAUUCAGCAGUAAAUUUAGCAAAGGAAUACGCACAAGCCAGAGAAACAAGUGAAAAAGUGAAUGUCGAUGCGGGCAAUUUCGUGUACAUAUCGGCUGACCAGAAUCCCCCAAUAGUUCCACAGCGAUACAUUACAACGAAACGCGAGGCUGAAGCCAUAAUUAGUAAAAUUCCACAAUUGAGAACAAUCAUCAUGAGGCCAGGUGUAAUGUACGACGAGCUGCAUGAUAUGGGAAUGACUAAAAGGGAUGUGAUUAUGAAGGGAUUGAGAUUUGCCGUUGGCGUUAAAAAAACGACUUUAGGUGAUUCAUUUUUGAGUAGCCUUAUAAGACCUGUGGUGAGCACUACUCAGGUUGCAGAGGCAUUGUUUGAGAAAUUGGAACAGCCAGAAUUCAAAGGCGUUGUUCCAGUGGAAGUCAUUGAAAAAGAGCUUAAUGUGUAA